GGACAUAUCAGACAACUAGGAACGAGCGAAGGGGGUAUAAAAAGGGUUUUGGUGGACGGACAAAAACAUUGUAUGUCCAGUUUUUGGUGUGUAACCUGUGUCGAGUGAGAGAGGCAAGAAUGUCGAAAGCAGCUAUAGGUUGUGAGGCAGUGGUGGGAUCGUUAACACCGUCAAAGAAAAAGGAGUACAGAGUGACUAACAGACUCCAAGAAGGCAAACGCCCUUUAUAUGCCGUUGUUUUCAACUUCAUUGAUGCUACCUACUUUAAUGUUUUUGCUACCGUUGGUGGAAAUCGGGUUACUGUAUACCAAUGUCUCGAAGGUGGUGUUAUUGCUGUGCUGCAGUCUUAUAUCGAUGAAGAUAAAGACGAAUCCUUUUACACUGUAAGCUGGGCCUGCAAUAUUGACGGGAGUCCAUUGAUAGUGGCUGGAGGAAUAAAUGGAAUUCUCCGUGUUAUUGAUGCUGGCAAUGAAAAGAUACAUAAGAGCUUUGUUGGGCAUGGAGACUCAAUAAACGAAAUUAGGACUCAAGCCUUGAAACCAUCUCUCGUAGUAUCUGCCAGCAAAGAUGAAUCUGUUCGCUUGUGGAAUGUUCAUACUGGAAUAUGCAUUUUGGUAUUUGCUGGCGCUGGGGGUCACCGAAAUGAAGUACUCAGUGUGGACUUCCAUCCUUCGGAUAUAUAUCGCAUUGCUAGCUGUGGAAUGGAUAAUACUGUUAAGAUCUGGUCAAUGAAAGAAUUCUGGACAUAUGUUGAGAAAUCCUUUACUUGGACGGAUCUUCCUUCCAAGUUCCCCACAAAACAUGUCCAGUUUCCAAUAUUCAUAGCUUCAGUCCAUAACAACUAUGUUGACUGUAACCGAUGGCUUGGUGAUUUUAUCUUAUCCAAGAGUGUUGACAAUGAAAUUGUACUAUGGGAACCAAAGAUGAAAGAACAGUCUCCUGGAGAGGGCACCGUUGACAUCCUCCAAAAGUAUCCUGUCCCGGAGUGUGAUAUCUGGUUCAUCAAGUUUUCAUGUGAUUUUCACUACAAAGCAGCAGCUAUAGGAAAUAGAGAAGGGAAGGUCUUUGUCUGGGACCUACAGACCAGCCCACCAACUCUGAUUGCAAGGUUAUCUCAUGUGCAAUCUAAAUUACCAAUUAGACAGACUGCCAUGUCCUUUGAUGGAAGCACCGUACUUAGCUGCUGUGAAGAUGGGACUAUAUGGCGCUGGGAUGUAGUAGCAACUUCUUGAGUUUGAUCAGAACAUCUGUCUCCUGCUGUGCCAGUAAAUUAACUUGUAUUAUCAGUGCUGGACAUAAUGCUGUAAUUAUAGCUUUUGGUAGUGGCCAAAACUAGUGUGGCCUUGAGUAGGUCUGAGAUUGUUGCAAGUUGUUGUUCCUAAUCUUAGGUGCCGUUUGGACAUGGUUUGAAACCCCAAAUCAUGUCUUUUUGGAUGAUUUGGGAUUUCAUCCCAUGGUUUGAAACCAUGAGAUGAAAUCGCAUGUCCAAAUGCUGAGCUCAUCUCAUGAUUUCAAAUCGCAUGUCCAAAUGCCUACUUAGUUUGUUGUUGAAUUGGCGUACUUUCCUGAUCGACCUUUUCUACUGAUGUAUGCAUUGAUAAGUUGCAUGCUAAAAGAA